GAGCGUCAGUGUGCAUAGAGAAGAUGUGCAUCGGUGGCAGCGUUUCUGGAAUAGAGCGAAAAAACAGUGACCGUCAAAUAAAAUAUGAAUUGCACCACAAACGGAGCACGGGGUGGAUUGGAUUGCGAGCUUUUGCACCGAGCUCUCGGUUCAUGUUGACAUUUUUUUCUCUUCGUUUGAACGUGAUACUAAUCUAUCGGCACUCGUCUGACCGAUUGAUGGCGUCGGAUGCGAUCGUAGUAGGCAUAACGACAUUUCCACGUGCGCCUGUGUGAGUGAUGCCAGGUUAGGAGAACCAUAAUGGCGGAAAAUAUUGUGUAAUUUUCAGUUAUGGUGGCAUUUCCCGGUUUGAAAAAUCGGUGAAAUUACGUCCGAAUUCAGUUUGAACACGUGCCAAAGGGGGUCUGAAGUGGUGAUUUUGUGAAAAAUUGUUUUGUUAUGCGUUUUCGGCGACGAAAAAUGUCGAAAAUUGAGUGAUUUUGAUUUUUGAAUAGAUCCUGUUGCUGAGGUGGCAUUGCGUGAAGAAUAUUAUGCAAGCUACGUAAAUCAAAACUGUGUUGGGAUCAAAGCUUUAGUUACACUGAAAAAAAAAAAUCAUCUGAAUGAUUUUUGCAAACGUGCUCACAAAAUUUGAAUUACCAGUGAAAAAAUCGAAAAACCUCAAAUGUGUUUUCAAUUGGAAUCCUGUAAUGAAGAGCAAAUACAGUGCUGUUACCAAAUAAAACCCUUCAUGCAAGGGUAGCAGGUGUAUUUUCCACACCGAAGCCAGGAAAAGUGGAAAAACGAAGAGAGAAAAUUUCCAGCAAACAAGUGAAUUGUUCCUGUGGCGCAAAAAGAAGAAAGUCUGGUGACGCAACUCUGGCUUCCUGCUCAAACAAAACCCGGAGAUGGUGACGAUGCAGUGUGCUUACUAGUAACUUGUGCUUGCUUACGGUAACCCUGCCAUACAUUUACCGGGUCGGGCUGAUUCGAGCAACAGAUGCCGACGACAACGACUACAAAAACGAGAACCGAUUGCAAACAACUCGGCUUGUUAUAAAUAUUGUAGUACCCAGACAAAAAAGGCGAUCGUGGAAAUUCUACACCAAACUGGUUGGAAGUCGGCCGGAAUUCACACACGAGGCCAACGACUCAAAAGCAUGACCAAUAAAGCCAGACUUCGCAGCUGCAAGGAACUGUGCAAUCCGAACUUUUUCUGUAACGUGACUUAAACUCGGAACUGAAAUUUCUCUUGCGAACAACGCCGACCAAAAAAGUGACUGAAAUUGCUUUCAGCUUCACGUUAAAUGUUAGGAAGUGUGUUAAUAUAUAGCGUAACUGAAUUAAGCCGACCGAAGAAGGAAACUGAAUGUGAUAUCAAUUAGGGUGUAAGUUAGUAGCUUGAAACUCAGUGAUUGAAAACAACGAGCUUUUGUGGAGUUAGUAACAAUUCACAAAUCAAAAUUGUUAAAAUAGAUUUUAUAACGGUCACAAAGAUGGAGGAUGAUCCGGAUGACAAAGAUGAUACCAAAAGGAAGUCCCGGAACCUCAGUGAGAAGAAACGCCGUGACCAGUUCAACCUGUUGGUCAACGAGCUCAGCUCGAUGGUGUCGUCCAAUAGCCGCAAGAUGGACAAGAGCACGGUGCUCAAGUCGACGAUCGCAUUCCUGAAGAGUCACAACGAAAUCGCGGUCCGGUCUCGGGUGCACGAGAUCCAGACCGAUUGGAAGCCUUCGUUUCUGUCCAAUGAGGAGUUCACGCACUUGAUUCUGGAGGCGCUGGAUGGGUUCAUCAUCGUUUUUUCAUCGACGGGUCGGGUGUUUUACGCAUCGGAGAGUAUAACGUCACUUCUGGGUCAUCUGCCUAGUGACUUGCUCAACAUGACCGUGUACGAUAUGGUGUACGAGGACGACCAGAAUGAUCUGUACAACAUUCUGCUGAAUCCGGCGGCGGUGGUGGAUCCUUUGCAGACGGGAAUCUCCCGUGAAAAUCAGGUUACCUUUUCGUGCUAUAUCAAGCGUGGUACGGCUGAUUACCGGACGGAGGUUUCGUACGAGUUGGUUCAAUUCACCGGAUACUUUAGAAGUGAUGUGGACGCUGAUUCCUUGAUGACAACGUCGCGGUUUAGUGGUUACAUGACCGAUGCCGAUACGAGGUUGAUCUUCGUGGGGACGGGAAGGCUGCAGACGCCCCAGCUGAUCAGGGAGAUGUCGAUUGUUGAUAGUUCCAAGAGUGAGUUUACUUCGAGGCACAGCUUGGAGUGGAAGUUUCUCUUUCUGGACCAUCGGGCACCGCCCAUAAUUGGCUACCUACCGUUCGAGGUGUUGGGGACUUCCGGGUAUGAUUACUAUCAUUUCGAUGACCUGGAGAAGGUAGUUUCGUGUCAUGAAGCUUUAAUGCAGAAAGGAGAGGGAACCUCGUGUUUCUAUAGGUUUCUUACCAAAGGCCAACAGUGGAUUUGGCUGCAAACUCGGUUUUACAUCACCUACCAUCAAUGGAACUCCAAACCUGAAUUCGUGGUGUGUACGCAUCGUGUCGUCAGUUAUGCCGAUGUGAUGAAACAAAUGCGAAAUCAAGCUGGUGGAGAGGGCAAGUUUUCCGAAGAUACGGAUAGCGUCAGUAUAGGGGUAGAGCGGAAGUUUCAACCGAGCUCGUCGCAAAGUUUACUGGCAACAUCUCCGUGGAGUUCGAAGAGCUCUCGUACUUCACGGAUAGCGCCAACUCCAGGAGGAUCCCCCACAGGUGCUCCGUCAAGAGGAAGACAUAGGUACAACACCUACCAAGGUCCUGGAUCUGACUCGGUAACUUCAAUGUCUGCUGAAUCACAUGUCAGUCGACAAUCGAUGAUGACGCAGCAUAGUUCAAAAUCACGAGUUCGCUCCAACACUUUCCACUCAAAGCCUUCCUCUCAAGACGGAAGCAGUCAGCAUACGGCGGCUCAUUUCAUACUCCAGCAGCAGAUGAUGCCGAAUCCUCAACAGCCAUCUCCGGAGUCUUUUCAACAGAUGCUGGCGACAACUCAGCACCAGAUUCGGCCUCCUCCGGCAGCUGCAAUCAUCACCCCACCCGUCACUCAGAUCAUCAGCCCAGCUGGGUUUAUCGAACCGCAACAGUAUUUGGCAGCGAUUCCGGUGCAACCAGUAGCAGGAUUUCCUCCGGACUCGUCAACCGGCGUUCUAUCUCCCAUUCCACCGACAUCUCCUGCGGCAUAUGCGGUUCAUCCUACUGUUCCUUCUGCGGCAGGGAGCGUCGUGCUAACUCCAGCGCAGAACCAGGUUCAAGAUCAGUUACAGCGAAAACAUGAAGAGCUUCAGCAUCUGAUCAUGCACCAGCAGGAAGAACUCCGGAGAGUUCAGGAACAAUUGCUAAUGGCGCGUUACGGCCUGUUACCUUCCAUUGUGACUCUUCCAUUCACAUCCGCAUCCAGCAGUACCAUCGAUAUUAGCAGUAGAUGUAGCAGCAGUACAUCAUAUCUUCAACAUCACCAGUCAUCUCACAGUAGUCAUCAAUAUCCAACGCAUCCUAGUCUGGCGAAUCAGCCGCAAAACUUACUAAACCCACAGCCGCAGCAACCCGACCAACAGAUGUCUAUACCUCUAGAUCAGAAACCGAUCUUCCAUCCUAACCAGCAGCUCAAUUUCACUGACACCGGCCAGCCGAAGCUUCCUGGAGACCCUAACAGUGAGGCUAUUUCCUACAUGCAGCUAACUCCCGUCCCAAUUCAUCACCUGCAGCAACAGUCACAACCCUUGCAACAGCAACAGCAGCAUCAUCAUCAAAUGCAGAACCCUGGUAUGAAUCUACCCGGCCCCAGUGGCAACAGCAUGGAGCUAUUGCAGUACCAAAUGGCAGAAGAGCAAGCUCAAACCUUGUUCACAUCGGGCAUGGAGCAACAGCAGCAACAACAACAGCACCUUCCUCAACCGCAACAACAGCAUCAUCAUCACCAACAACAGCAGCAGCAGCAAAUGCACCAUCAGCAUUCGCAUCACCAUCAGCACCAUCAUCAACACCACCACCAUCAGCAACAACAACAACAACAACAGCAACAGCCGCAACAUCACCAAUCACAGCAUCAUCACUCGCAAAGCUCUUCAGUGGGGUCGCCGGGAGGUUCCACCCGAAGUCACCCCAGGAGCGAUAUGUAGCUUUCUCAUUAGUGAUGAGGAUAUGAGAGAACUCAACCAAAGUGCUAUCAGGGUUUUGUUGAGAAAUGUGAGUUGUUUAUUAUACAUUUUUGAAAAUCAAGUUGAAAUGCGAAAUAAUUCAAAAUUUGAAGUGA